AUGACAGCAGCCAGUCCUGUCUGCAGCCCUGCCUCCUCCCACUCUUCCCACUCUUCUUCACCUGCCUGCCUCCCAACAUGCCAUAGACACCUGAGGGAAGGCAAAUCCCUCAAGACUAAACUACACCUGCGAUCCGCACCCGGUGUGUGGCUUAUGCUGGGCGUAGCAGUGGUUUUGGUGGGGAUGGCUGUUGCAGUGGCGGGUUACGUUUCGGCGGCACCAAAGCCCGUGGGUGGCCGAGGCAGCACUCAUGUUGAGAGGAUGAAACUAGCGGGUCCUGUGGUGAUGGGAGUGGGCCUCUUCAUCUUCAUCUGUGCUGCCACGCUGCUGUAUGAGAACCGGGACCGUGAAGUCCUCAGACAGGAGAUACCCGACGACCUGGAGGAUCUGAAGGGAAGGAAUGGCUGGGAGGAUCUGCAGGAGCAGCCCAGCUUCAGCUGCCAGGAGCAGUGGGAGUGUGGCGAUGGAGAGCAGGGUUGUUGGGCCACUCCGGCCCACUCACGCCCUCUCUUAGACCAGAACUGUGGAGCUCUUCUUCCUCCUCCUCCGUUUGGCAGGAAUAGACAAAACAUCAGCAGCAGACUGUCUCCACCACCUCCUCCAGAUGCAGGAGGUAGAGAUAAAGAUGAAUACAGAGAGGAGGAGGAGGAGAAGGAGGGAAGAUCAACGCUUUUGGCUCGAGUUCUGCACCACCAGGAGCCAACUCCUCACCCUUCCUCCCCCUGCUUGUCCAUCUCCCACUCCUCUGUCUACUCAGACUCCUGCAACUCCAGUGAAAUCAACUUCAACAUACGGACAGACUCUCCUCUGCCGGCUCAACACUGA